CGCCAGCAAGGCGCAACAAUUAAAAAGCCUUAAAAGAGACAAGUUGCUGUGUUUUUUUUUUCUUGUCAAAAUGGCAGAGUCAGAAAUCACAGAGGCGUCCAUCAAGGAUGCGCUCACCCAGAGGCUAAAGGCAAUACAUGCCGAAGUUACGGACAUGUCAGGCGGUUGCGGACAAGCUUUCACCGUCCUGAUUGUAUCGUCCGAAUUCGCCGGCAAGAACUCGCUCAAGAGGCACAGGCUGGUAAACGCAGCCAUGAAGGACGAGAUAGCGCGGAUUCACGCGUGGACCGCCAAAUGUCAAACCCCCGAAGAGUGGGAGCGUGACAAGGCUUCAGCGACGGGCGCAGAUGGUCCGUCUAUGGAUGGCACCGUUGGUGGUCACGUGGAUGGCGUCAAAGAGUGACUAGAGAGCAUGGGAUAAAAAUGUCAACCUUUUAUGGAUGCUGGCCCGCAGAUGGAUGUUGAACUUGGUCUCAGAAUUUCAUGGCCAAGACCUCGAUUUUGCCGACUAUAAAGUAAGCAUAGUAGAAAGGAUGGGUUGAAUUUCAAUUGUGGCGCAAGGCAAGAGAAAAAGCAGUCUCGCACCUUGAGACAAACUGUUAUUGGUUGAUCUCUGUUCCACGAGGGGAAAAGUCGGUGUCCUUGACCGACGUACAGUAGGAAUUCUGGCGUAUAUUGUGCCAUCUCUCCUAGGAAAUCCUGCGGUGAAUCAUGAUCGCAGGACGGUGCCCAUAGAAGUCAGAAACAACAGAAAGGCAUCUGUAUCCAGAUAUAACAAUGUAUGAAUGGAAGAAAUAAUAUUUACUAGCAUGUAUCAUCUAAUAUGUUAGAAGCUAGUGACACACCCUAGUGGACAAAACGUACCCCGAAAUCAUAGCAUAAUUCCG